ACCACAUCAUCAUUCAACAAAAGCAAAACAAAGCCCUUGUUUUUCACUCAUCCCACCUCUUCUUCUCCACCCAAACUCAAGUUCUCUCUAUUUCUCUUCCACUCCAGUCCCUUCUCUCUUUCUCUGUCUCUCUACCCCCGUCAAUGGAGGCUGCCAUUAAACAACAGGAGAGAGAAAGCCCACACCCGCCCAUGAGCUCCUCCUCGAGCUGCAUCAUCAAUGGCCACAGGAACAGCGCCAGCAGUGAUCAUCACCCAAUGAGCAGCAAUGGAGGCGCAGCGGAGAUUCCCACGACGCCCCACCCGCUCACCCCGAAAACCAUCACCAGAUCUGAGACCAACCCUUACCCAACCACCUUCGUCCAGGCCGACACCACCAACUUCAAGCAGGUGGUCCAAAUGCUCACCGGCUCAUCCGAGACCGUGAACAAGCAAGCCUCGAAGCCGCCGAGCGGGAGCACCUCUCCUCAAGAUCCACCAUCACUCCCGCCUAACAAUUCCAAGAGUGCGAUUCCUCCCAAGAAACAAGGGUUCAAGCUCUAUGAGAGGAGGAACAGCCUCAAGAACAGCCUCAUGAUCAACACGCUGGUCCCGGGCUUCGGUCCCAAUUCUGGGUUCUCACCGAGGAAACAAGAGAUCUUGUCGCCGAGCAUGCUUGACUUCCCCCGGCUGGCGCUCAGCCCCGUCACUCCACUCAAUGAAGACCCUUUCUACAGGUCCUCACCUUCUCUAGGGAGUUCUUCUGAGGAGGACAGGGCCAUAGCUGAGAAGGGCUUCUACUUGCAUCCGUCGCCGAUCAACACGCCGAGGGACGCCGAGCCGCAGCUCUUGCCGCUGUUCCCGGUGACCUCGCCCCGCGUCUCCGGCGUCUCCGGCGCCUCCUCGUGAAUAGGGAGGGAGGGAGGGAGGGAGAGAGCGAGGGGUCUCUUUGUGUAUUAUAUGUCCUAACAUGAUUUUCAGUCGCAUGUGGUUGAGUUGGAGGAGGUCAUGCUUCAAUUGUAGGUACAAUUUGAUGAUUACUCUUCUAUAAGCUAUUCAGGAAGAAAAAAAAAGAGGAUCUUUCUUUAUUGAGAGUUAAUAUCUUUUGCUUCAACUUCAUUAACCCUGACUCCAAGCAAGUCAAGUCUCCCAGCAAAAAUGGCAAAAAAAGGAAGUCUCCCUUUCACUAUUCAUAAGCACCCAAUUUCUGUUAUCUGAUGUCCCACUACUUCAUCUAUUUGCUUAAUUUGCACACUGAGUUUAGUUUUGUCUGUUAGAUCCACUUCUUUCAGAAUAGCACAAUUAGCACCAACAAACAAUUCAUCAUCCAGCCAUCUCUCUCUCUCUCUCUCUCUCUCUGUGAGGUAAGAAAGUUUCUCUCGCAAAGUCUCUUUUUCACAAUAAACAGGGAAGUCAGUGGAGUCUUUGACAGAGAGAAUGCGACUGGUGCUUGAUUGCCACCAAGCAUAUGUCAAGUUGACGUUAAAAAUGUUUGGAAGAAUGUGAGUUGUCAGGCGGAGGCAGUACUUUGAUGAACCCAAAAAAAGCAUCGCUGGGUGUGACCGCUUUUACUGCGUGUCAGAGAGAAAGUCAACCGGAUAAAGAGGUUUUUGUCUGGAGACAUGUUUGAAAAUUCAAUUCAAACAUGAUGAGUCAUGAUAAGGUGAUAAUGUCAUAUCUCAAGCCGUGAGUCUGUGAGUGAAUGAGUGAGUAUAUAUGCAUCGGAUUCGGUGGUCCAGAGGCUGAUCGAUGAUGGGUCGGGUCAGCUUCCCAGUUCGGUACAAUGAAGGCUUUGCCGGGAAGGUUCCCGGACAGGACUUGGCCCACUUUCCAAGCGUAAACACAUGGGACAUUUCAUGGAGCAAUCGAGGGCCACUGUACAGAAGGGAAAAGUCCGUUGCAAAUUCAGCAACGGACAGACCCAAUCAAUGCGAUGAAGGCGUCCACACUCUUCACGGGACGGCAAGCCUUGCAUAGACGGGAUGCUAGGAUCUUGUUACGGGGAAUAGAUCAGAAGGUAAAUGGAUUGUUUUUGGCAAGCGCCGAGGGCUCUCCUCGCUGCCCCAUUCUCUGGGAUACGAGUCAAUUGUCCAUGGGAGACAUCGCUUCUGUUUUCCCGGUAAUCCGACGACAACAUGUGUUUAUGUGAUCUUCCAUGUCUUAUACUGCUUAAAUGAAUUCUGGGAUAUGUAUAUAAAUGGAUGGAGUUUGAAACUGAUGUGGUUUUCUUUCCAAGAGACGUGGAUAAUGCAUGUAGGAAACAGUUCUUGAAGUUAACCACGUUUAAUCAGUCUCUUUCAGAUC